AUGAUCCUGAGUGAUGAGAAGCUAAAGAAUAAGAAUUCAGCAAGCUUCCUGGCCAUGGAAGCUGUGGUUGCUAUCGUUCCAUUGUUUUUUCUAGCCAUGGUUCUGCUUUUUGUGGUAUGGAUGAAACGGAGGGAGAAAGAACGUCACACGAAGCAGCUACUCAUUGAUCCCGAAGAUGAUGUCCGGGACAACAUUCUUAAAUAUGAUGAAGAAGGUGGUGGAGAAGAAGAUCAGGAUUAUGAUUUAAGCCAACUUCAGCAGCCAGAGAAUAUGGAUCAUGUUUUAAACAAGCCAAAUGGAGUCAGGAGAGUGGAUGAAAGACCUGUCGGUGCUGAGCCACAAUAUCCUAUACGGCCUGUCAUCCCUCACCCUGGAGACAUCGGGGACUUUAUUAACGAGGGCCUCAGAGCAGCUGACAAUGACCCAACAGCCCCUCCCUACGACUCCCUUCUCGUCUUUGACUAUGAAGGAAGUGGUUCAACAGCAGGAUCGGUAAGCUCACUUAACUCCUCAAGCUCUGGAGACCAAGAUUACGACUACCUUAAUGACUGGGGACCGAGGUUCAAGAAACUGGCGGACAUGUAUGGGGGUGGCGAGGAUGAUUAAAAUGACCUCACUUUUCUUGUUUUGCAAAAAGAGGAAAGAUAUAGCAUUUAGAAGAAGAGGAUGGAGAGAA